AGCGGGGCGGGCGGGCGGUCACGUGACGGAAAGAGGGGCGGGGCCCGGGGCUGCUCGGCUCUCUUCCGAGCGGACUCCAUUUUGAUGUGGGUCUGAGGCGCCUCCGGCUCGGCUGCCCCGCGGAGGUCUCCGGGGCUUGGGGAGCGGGAGGCGAUGGUGCCGCUGCUGCUUUCGCGCUGACGCCGGGCCGGGAAGGACGGGGGAAGGUCGGGGCUUGGAGUGGGCGGAGGGCGGCUGGAUGGAUCGGUGAGGACGGGGCGCCUCGGCCGUUCGCUGUUGUUGUCGCCACCGCUGAGGGGACAACCGCCCGCCGCCUCCCUUCGCUCCAGCCCCCGGCCUCCCUCCUCCGUCCCUUCCGGGGUCUCGAGAAGACGAGAAGCGGCGCCCCUGAGGAGAGGUAUGUCCGGCUGAGAGAUGGAAAAAUGGGGGGGGGGGUUAAGCCUUUUGUAGCUUCCCUUUCUUCCUUUAAAAGCGUCCCCUGUAAACUGCUUCCUAUUCCGAAAAUCGGCUGAGCAAAGAGUGCUCCCCGAAACCCACGAAAUAUCUAUCAUUACAACAAAUCCGGCAUAUUUAUCAAAAAGAACCCCCCCCAAAGGUUUAAAAGCUGCUGUGUCCUGCCUAUUUUGAUAGUACGUUCGGGGUGAUUGUUCAUUACACACACACACCCCGAUCUAUCGAUUGUAUUUAUUUUUAGGAGUUGUUUUUUUUUUAAAGUACAUGAAAAAGACUUUAACAGGCUAUUUAUUUAUGUGUGGUGAUAGUUUCAGAUUCCAUAGCAUGCAUGCAUAUAUAUAUAUAUAUAUGAAUGAGAGAGGUUCAUAUGAACUGUCUUAUAUACGCACAUUCCCCCCCCCCAAAAGGAAGAAAAAGACAGGGCCAUGAAAACAAUUGCAAAAGCAGGUACUGGAAUAAAAUGUGAGAAUGCCAGGAAGAGGAAAUAAUUGGCCGAAGGCCUUUUUGUUUUUGUGCACCCUUGUCCUCGCCAGUUUCUUUAAACAGUACUAUUGGGGGUGGAGGACUCAGCUUGUUUGGAGAUACAUUUUUAUUUAAUGUGUCCUGCUGUGUUUGGGGAGGGGUGAUUUGUGUGUUUACGGUUUGCUUUCUUUGUUGCGAUGUGAACCACUCUCAGAUUUACAAAGUUAAAUCUCUGCUGGGAGGGGGAAGGGUGCGAUUGAAGGAGCGUUGUGGGUGUCCUGUGCAGAACGGAUUUUAAGAGAGCUGAACCGAUUGUUUAUUUACUUAUUACAAUUAUUUGUACCCCUUUCGGAUCCAAAUCUUUUCAAGGCACCUUGCAAGUAACAUGAAGAUAAAUGAGUAAAUUGCACAGUAACAGUAUCAAACUAUGACAAUCCACCAGUAUUAAACUAAAGCAAUGUACCAAGGUGAUACUGAGGUGGUCUCUGCCUGCCUGCUGCUUACUCAGUGGCUGCAAGGAUAUUUUCAUUUUCCAAGUGCCUCUCAAUCACUCUAGUAAGCCUUGGUGCAAAAUAAGGCAAGCCAGUAAUAUCCAUAUGAAGGGGAGGAGCUGAUAGGGAGUGGAGCGCAGUGAUUUGAGGGGGGGGGGCUGUGAGGAGACAAGGCUCAUGAGGGGCGGGCCCCACUGAAAGCUUUUGUCUGUCACAGAUCCCAGGAGAGCUUUAAUGGGAGACGAAGUUUUAGAAAGGGUUGGGGGAGGCUGACAGGGGUGUAUCUUUGCUUAAGAGGGUGAGGUGUCCUGUGGGGGUGAAAGGAUUUUUUGGUAAUGGAAAGCAAUCGGUAAUUGGGAGGGCAGAGCCCCCCUGGACCUUAGGUAGGACUGCUGGCUUGGAGAGACUCUUGAUGGUAUGGGUUGCAAGGGAUCGGUGGGAAUUGAGCCAAACCCUAUUGCUGUGUUAGUUACAGGUAGGUAGCCAUGUUGGUCUGCCCUAGUCGAAACACAAUAAAAAAAUUCCUUCCAGUAGCACCUUGGAGACCAACUAAGUUUGUUUCUGGUAUGAGCUUUUGACGAAGGCUCAUACCUAUUGCUGUGUGUUUGGGAAGAGUUUGCUUGAACUCUUCACUAGGGCUAUGGAGGUGAACAGAGGACACCAGAAAGUAUUUUGCAAUAACUGCCCAGUCUUUGAUAGCUGGGAGGAGGCACGUAGAGCUGGACAAGUGCGUCAGGGGUUGGGGGAAGGCCCCAUGUAAGUUCCCCAGAAAGGAGGAAAUGGUUGCAUGUGGGAUAAGCAGGAGAUGUUGGGAUGUGUAUUUGAGGGGAAUGUCUGUGGCAGUGCUGUAGGUGGGGCUUUCAAGAAAAAUAUCAGCGGAACAGAAAUAGAGAAGUAGGGCAAAAAAUGAGAACUGAGGGAGAUUUUGGCUGGUUUCACAUCCAGCAAAGAGGAUUAAAAGGGAUCUCUUGUGUUUUGAGGUGCUCUUGUGCUAGAUGUAGAUUGUGCAGAGCAAUCCUUUUCACCUUCUGUCUAAAGGGCAUUUUCUUAUCCAAACCCCAAGCUGUUGGUUGAGAGUGAAAUCCUUUAUGUGUUUUACAGGUUUUGUGUGUGAGGGCUUAGCUGAGGAUGGCAGCAGAUGAUCUAGGCCUUGGGACAAAUGUUUUGAUAGUUCUCCCUCCGUCCCUCCCUGCCACCACCCACCUAUCUCUGCUCCCCAGAUUUUUGUUGUUGUUUCGAGGUUGAACAAAGAUUAUCCCUUUGCUUAGGGUGGAAUUGAAAACAGGCUGACUCAAAGUGAGUGAUUGGGUGUGUGUGUCUGACAGAUUACCUAUAAGGAAUUUAAAUUGUUAUUUUUUCUUUUGUAACGGUCUAAGGACUAGAAACAAACAAAUUAAUUCGAAACCUAAUAAGGAAAGAGUAGCAAGAUACUGCAAAGCUCCCACUGUAUUGGGAUCACAGGAAAGCCAGAUGGGUAAAAGCCAAAAUUUAGCAGGUAGAAUUGCAGAGUUAUAUGCUUAAGGGGUCAGGGGAGUUUAUUAGAAUGCCUUAUCAUUUGGGCAGCCUGAUAUCAUUAUGCCAGGUUACUCAACAGUAAGCUGUCUUUUAUUGUGGUGGGUCUGCUUCCCAGGGAAAUAUUCAGAGUGUUGUAGCCUGAUGAUGUUUCUUACUGGUGAGUCUGUAUGUCUGUUCUGCUGCUGCCCCCUUCAGUCAUUUGGAAGCUGCUUCCACUGUGUGUACGUGACAGCAUUCAGCUAUGCUCCACCCCACCCCCCCUCAACCAAACUCCCUAUGCACUGGCCUCUUAGUCAAGCACUGCGUGAAAGGCCCAGGUUUUCAGCUGGAGAGAGAGGAGUGUUUUUCCUCUCCCAUUGCAUGGUUUUAGUAUGAUACACUGUAAACAGUUUAGAUAGAUGGGCAUGUGGGCAGUUCAGAGAACUGUGUCAUCUGAAAUUGUCAAAGAAUACUAUGCUCUUUAAUUGUAAUGCUUGUUAUCUCCCUGAUCUCAACACACACAAGUUGGGUGAAUUGGAAAUACAGCAUUAAUUAUUUGCUUCUGAGUGGUGAUUAUGUUGUUGUUGUAACACACAUUUAACCUCUGAAAUGGAUGUAAUUUUUCCCUCCUGAGAAUGUUCAUAUUGUCUUUCCUUCCUCCUCUCCCCUACUUUCUAAGAUGAAGGACCUUGGAGUCGAAGAACAGAUGAGCAGUUGGCUCUUCAGGCAGCUGAAAAUCCAUUUGGAACAAGAAUGGAAAUACCAGCCUCGGGAAAAGGGGCUUAGCUUGAUUGAGUGCACUGUUGAGGUGAGGAAAAGCUUUUCUCUGGGUCUGGGAAUUAAUGAUUCGCAUGAUUGAACUUUGGUUGCAUGUGAGAGAUUUGAUAGGGAAAUGACCAAAACCAUAGAUUUCUCUUCAUGUAGCUUAUUAAAUAUAUAUUCAACAUUCUCUCAAAGGAACUCAAGGUGGACGAUUGAUUCUCUUCCUUCCCCUUUUAUCCUUACAACAACCCUCUGAGGUAAUUAGCUCUAGGUCACCCAGUGAGCUUCAUGGCUGAGUGGGGAUUUGGAACUUCCCGGUCCUAGUCUAGCACUCUAACCCCACUGGCUAGCUUGUAGGACUGGUAUUAAAAGUGCUAUAGGGUGUUCAGAUCACAUCACAUACCGUUGGCUUGAUCAGAUGUAGCACUCGCAAUGCAGAAUGAUCACUGUGCACUCGUUCCUUUCCUUGCUUUGCUGAAUCUAUCAUGCUUUGUUCCAAUGACAUUAUACCCAAACUGCAAAAUAAAUAUUCAUUUUGUGGCUUGUAGUCCAAGAUUAAACCAGGACUUCUUCUGAACUGCAUUUCAUUUCCCCCCAAAGGUUCCUGUUCAAACUUAGGUUCAGAAGAAAAGAAAUUGGCACAUACUUCAUUCUAUAUAUUGUGUUAUUUUGAAAAGAGAUUUUGGGUUGUAUCCAGUUAAGUUGUCCUGUUGGUGCAAAGACUUCCAGUGGUGCAACGGAACUCCCCACCCCCGCAAAAAAAAUCUGUUAUUGACAAGCUGUUUGGCGAAUCACUGACAUGUUGAGCGGAAAGGCCUUCUGGCUUCUGGACAGCUUAACUAUGGAGUAAUUGCCUGCACUCUUCAUCCCCACUCCAAAUCGCCAUGAGGUUGGCUGUCACACCACAUCAGAAUGUAUAGAUCAGCUUCUAAGACAUUUCUGUGCAGGGUUUAUACAUAUAACACAAAGCUAUUUCUCUUGCUACACAGAAUGAAAACGCCUUAUGUCCAAGACUGAGGAAUGCAAAAGUUGAAGAUCUCUGGAGUCUUACCAACUUCUUCGGGUUUGCCACAGAAACAUUUGUCUUGGCAGUCAACAUCCUAGACAGAUUUUUGGCACUCAUGAAGGUACAUCUAGAAGGAGCAGCUGUAUGCAUUUUUGCACAUAUUCAGUAACAAUAUGUUUCUAUUGUCUUUGGCAUUUGUUUUUGACUUUAAGGCAAUACGGUAAUCUAAGAUAAUUGCCUUAUUAUAGGUGUGUGACAGAAACAGAAAAUAGCAUUCCCACGUUUUCCUUGUCUUCCUCAGUUCCCUGUCUUUGUCUCUGACAUUUUUGGUCCAAAGCCAAAUUGCAAUCAUAUUACACUUCUUAGUGAGGUUAUCUGAAUCUAUGGCACCAUUCCAGAUGACACCUAGUGAAUAAUAUUGCUGAAUUUUUAGUAAAUGCCCACUACCGGCAGGAAUACUGUUAGAAGCUGAACUUACUAAACCUUGUCCUAGUAUUGCAUAGUACGAGCCAGCUUUUUACUAUAAGGGUCUUAUUGUUCUAGGCAAUAAGGGCAUGCAGCAGAACCCAGAUAAUUAUGAAUGGAUUUUCAGUACCUUUUUUCAUUAUUUGCCCAUUACACAUUGCUGCUAGGUAGCUUACCAUUCAUGCUACUAGCUGUUCCCAACGUUCUUUUCCUUCUCCCUAGGUGAAACCUAAGCACUUGUCCUGCAUUGGGGUCUGUUGCUUCCAGCUGGCUGCUCGAGUGGUUGAAGAGGACUGCAACAUCCCAUCCCUCCAUGAUGUCAUCCGGAUUAGCCAAUGCAAAUGCACUGUGUCCGACCUGAAGCGGAUGGAGAAAAUAAUCUCAGAAAAGCUGCACUUUGACUUCAAAGCUACUACUGCCUUAACCUUUUUGCACUUGUACCAUACUAUUGUACUCUGUCAUACCUCAGAAAGGUACGUGUGGGAUCAGCCUUAUUCCCUGUUGUUCAGUGGGUAGUUUGAAGCCCUCAUUCUGUCUUUAGCCUUCUGGGUCAUCCCUCUCCCAUUGCUGCCUGUACUUUCCUGCUUGCUGUGGCUGCAGAUGCUCCAGUUAUUGUUUCCCAAUAAUAUGUGCUCAUGCACAGUGAGAUAAGGAAAUGCAGCCAAGAGCCUGUAGUCUCUACAAGAUGAAUGGGAGCGGUCAGGUGCAUUGAGGGUUGUAGACUGGGAAAUAGGAUCAGUGCACCCGCCUUACAUUUUGAGUAACGCUGCAGGUAUCUUAGCUGAGCUGAACUCUGCCACACUGCUAGAUAACCCAGGUUUACAUUUUCCCCAUCUUGUCCUUUGUAUAGGAAAGAAUUGUUGAAUCUUGACAAACUGGAAGCACAACUUAAAGCUUGCAACUGCCGACUAGUCUUUUCAAAAGCAAAAGUAAGUAAAUAACAGCAAAGCAUAGGAGGAGUAUGGGCAAUAUAAUGAAUGGCACAAUUAUAUUUGGCCAUUAAAUUGGAGAUGCUAGCAAACAUACAAAAGUGAUAACAGCAUGAAGACUAUUAAGUUGGCUUUAUAAUCUCAGUAGUUUGUCUUCUUGUAGUGGGUAUGAGAUCAGUCUUAAUUUGCCAUUGCCACCUCUUUCUCAUGGUACACUCUGGAAUGAUCCCCAGGGAUAAAAAGGAAAUAUUACUAUAUCAUUAAUGUGAAAUAUAAAACAGUCAUUUACUUGUCUCUGUACUAUGGCUUUUAUGUGUUGGUGGUGGUGGGAGUAAUUUAUUUAUAAGUUAAAGCAAAAGUAAACCUGAAAUGGGUAGUUGACAGGCAAAAGAUGGAAUCCAGUAAUGUGUUACUUUGCUAGAUAUGUGUGUUUUUACUUUCAGCCAUCCAUCUUGGCCUUGUGCCUUCUGUCCCUGGAAGUGCAGGCUCUGAAAUCCAUUGAAUUGUUCGAGAUGGUUCUGUAUGUUCAGAAGCACUCAAAGGUAAGAGAUUCAACCAUUUUUGCUUUAUAUCACUUGGACCCAGCAAUCCUAAUACAGUACAGUGUGCUCCUCUGAAUAUGGGAAUUAGUUUCCAAAUGCAUGAUGUAGGGAGAUUGGGAAGGUCACAUGGCUGAAAAGCUUUGAAAUAGUGUAAAAGUGUAACAAGGACUCAAAAAUGAAUGACAUUCCCAUUUUACCCAUCUUACAUCAUAUGAUUCUAUACAGAAGACAUUUGUUGCAGUAUGAGAUUUCACAUACUUCAUCUGCAACCGCAAGCAUUCUCUAAACUGUCAUUAACUGCAGUACCUCAUUAGCUCACACAGUGCCAGUGCUGGGAUUUCAGUUAAAUAUGUAAAGUCUUUGAAGAUGUGGUGUGUGGCUGAAUCUGCAGUUGAGACUAAGUGGGGGUCUUUUAAAUUACUGUUCUUUUGUAGGAUCUUAGCACAGUAUGUUGGGGGAACUGUAUGAGAACUAGGCCAGAAGCGAAAGUUGAGCUCAGCUGACACACAGAAAGUGUUUCAGAAUGCAAACACUGCAGUGUGUUUAGGCAUCCAGCUUUUCUGGUGAUGAGCUUUUCAGCACAUCCCUCAGACUACGAUUCCAGCUGGUCUUUUUUUGAACACAAGCCCCCCACUCGGGUUAUUGUGGAUGAGAUUACAGGCAUAGUGGAUUUGUAGUAGAGGUCUCUUGAAUGAAUACAAAUAAAUAUGAGUGUCUUCUUUUGUUUUUAGAUAAGUGACAGUGACUUGCUUUAUUGGAGAGAGCUGGUUUCAAAAUGCUUAGCGGAUUACUCGUCUCCUGCCUGUUGCAAGCCGGACCAUAAGAAACUAGUUUGGAUUGUUUCAAGGCGUACUGCUCAAAAUCUUCAAAACAGCUACUACAGUGUUCCUGAGUUGCCCACAAUCCCAGAGGCUGGAUGUAUUGAUGAGAGUGAGAGGUAGGUAUAUCCCAUGGGGCUUUCUCUAUUUACCUGCUCGUCUUUCAAGUAAUGGCAUCUCAAUAAAUUUAAUGGUAACUUUCUUUUGUGGCAUGUGUGUAAUUUAAGAUUAGAUGAUAACCAAGUAGUAUUGGUUUGUUAGCAUUUCAAAUAUUAGAGCUACAUUUACUAUCUUGGUGGGUUCCAGAUCCCAUAAAACCAAACAGCUUGUAUUGCAUCCGUUGUGAGGGUGUUUACAUACAUUGGUGGGAAGGAAUCAUACCUCAGAGCACACUUCCUUUUACAUGUAGAAGGGCUAUUGAUUCUGUAAGCAAGUGGAAAUCACUACUGCAAUAGUAGUACAAUCUUCAUUCUUGAACUUAACAAGUGACGAAAAUAUAGGUAAAUGUUAAUAACUUACUGCAGAUUCUUUGGAGUACUAUAAUGUGGGUCUCUCUGACAGUAAAUAUUUUGAGGAGACUACAAGCACUCUGUGCUGUUUAAAUUGGUUUAAAGCAAGGGUGCAUUUUGAAUUGGCCAGUUAAGCUUUGAGGCUGCAGGAGUUGGAUGCUCAGUAAUGAAAUACGAGACCAAUGUGCAAUAAGGCAGUUAGCAGCUGUGCAGACCUUGACUGACCUUAUCUAAAGUGAAAGAACUUAUUUGAAUUAUAGCAGCUGACACUGCUUAGUUUAAAAUUGUAGAGAGUGAUGAACAUUUUAAUCACUUGAGAAACUGAUAAUCAGAGUCAAGUUCUUGUUGAUUUUGCGCUGGAAAUUCUGUGCAUAAUGUCAUUAACAGAACCCUCACACCAUGGAAGCAGAAUCUAUUCUUAAUGCAAUUGGGUGCAGUGCAGACUGCUAGGGAAUUUAAAAUAAAUAAAUAAGCACUCAGAUGCUGCUAAGAAAUGUGAUGCAAAUAAUGCAACCCAAAAGUAGAAAAAGACCCACAUAAACAUUGUCUAUUUGGGGUGGGGUUUUUAAAUACUUUUUAAAAAAAUAAAUAAAUCAUUUUUCACUUAUGUGAGCUGUAUAUAACUCUUCAUAUUUUACCCCCUAGUGAGGACUCCUGUGAAGAUAUGAGCUGUGGAGAAGAAAGUCUUAGCAGUUCUCCACCAAGUGACCUGGAAAGCACCUUCUUCUUUGACCUCAAGCCAAAAUCAACUCCGUGUGCUAGGCUGAACUUUUAAUGCAUUAUAGUACUAUAGGCAACAAGUAUCUAAGCACCCUCUGUACCUUGACGCAAAGUCUCAUGCAGUACCCAAAACAUACACACCACUUACUGUGGCAAAAGUCAAAUGUAGCAGGGUUGAUUCAACCAACCAUUUAGGUCUUUAUCCAGUGAGGAGCAUGAACAAGUGCACACUGUGUGUUAGUAGGCUAUAAGAGAGCUCUAAAGCUUGAUAUGUGCUUGAACGCCUUGCUGAAAUUAGAGGUUGAAUAUGGGGAACUAUUUUUGGGAUAGACUGAGUUGCAAAGAAGUGUAUGCUUGUUUCUGUCUGGACUGAAGUACUUUUAACCAAAACUUUAGUUGUGCAUUCUUUUUUAAGAAAGGAGUUUCUCUCUCCUUUUUUUAAAGCUUUGUUGAAUUUCAGGAAGUGUAUUAAAUAAGGAAUAUGCUUGUGUUAUUUAGGGAUGAAUAAUGUCCCCUUUUAAAGUGAAAACCAGAGGGUAAUCUGGUUCAAUGUGCCAGGUAUAUUUUAGUGUUAAAACUUCUCAAGGGUCGGCUUUACUAUCCAUUUUAGGAACUGAAGUGUAUUCAGAAAACCUUAGUGUUAAUGUGAAAAAGGAAACUAUUAAAUUAGAAAUUUUGACAUUCAAUGUAAAGUCUACUUUCCCUUUUACUACUAACUCCUGUAGCUUUUUUCCAGUAUUUUACAUUGUCAUAAAUAAUUUCUUAAUCAUAACACGUUUGCAUGCUUAAGUGAAAGCUGUUAGCGGAAAGGCUAUUUGAUUAUGCAGAAGUGUUGGUAAAUGUGAAGUUGAUGAAAGUGGUUGUAAUGACACUUAAUUGCUUGCCAUUUUCUUUUCUCUUAAAGCACAGACUUUUAUGGUUGCUUUACUUAAUAUUUUCAAAUAUAUGCAAAGUGAGCAAAAGAAGAAAUUUACUCCGUAGUAUAAUAAUGUAAAAGCAAUGUCAUGGUAGAAAUGAAGGGGCUGCGUAAGUUAGGAUUUUGUAGCAUUGUGUGGCCAACGUGUCUAGGCUGAAGUGCAGAUGUGAAUGGUGAUGUAUGGUGUGCUCUGAUUUUUAUAAAGGAAAAAAAAAGUUUACAAAAAUUGUGUAAAAAUGUAAAUUAAAAUCUGUAUAAAAACUUUAAAAAACAAAAUAAGCUGAAAAAUAUUGUAUUUUUACAGUGUGUAUGUAACUUUCAUGUAUGUUGCAUGUAGAUAUUAAUUUAUUGUAUUCUGUAUAUGAUAUAAAUACUGUACAUUGAAGAUUUGCCUUUUUGGUACUGCAAGCCAGAGUCUCAAAAGACGUUUUCUGAAAGCUAUUUUCUCUCAAAGAUAACUCAGAUCUCUUUGCUUCAGUUCAAUAAAACCAAAUGCUUUUCCUA